UUAGGGAGUGUCAGUUUGUUAAUACUGUCUGUUUUACCACACAGACUGCAUAAACCAAAAGAAAGUGACUCCUGGACUAAUAAAUAUAAAAGUAAUAGCAAAACUCAUGCUGGAGGGAAAUAAAUGCAGAAACCACUGAGAACUCUUGAAAAAAUGAAGUUAGUUGUAUUCUACUGUUUCUCUGUGCUGAUUUGUGUGGUUUUCCUGAAAGGUCCUGAACCAAGUAUGGCUGAACAUGUUAUUCAACUCAGUGGAGCUGUGGGAGGAGAUGUCUGUCUUCCUACAACAAUACCAUCAAAAGCAAUUGAUCAUGAAAUCAUAUGGACAAGAAAUGACAAAUUCUUCAUUGCAAGACUUGACUAUAAGAAUGCAAGUAACACUCAGUUUUCAGCACAGUUUCGUGGGAGGUUGUUAGCACUUAGCAAUGGCUCCUUAAGAAUUAAUGGAAUUAGGUGGGAUGAUGGUGGGACAUACAAAGCAAGUGUACUGUCCUCUAAUAUGGAUCAGAUAGACCAUGAAUUUUUGCUCACCUUGUUUGAACCAGUAUCAAAGCCUUCCAUCUCACUAGAGGCAGAACCCAGACCUUCCAACACAGCACCCUGCAAGAUUAUGGCAGUGUGUUCAGUACAGAAUGGUACAGACGUGUCCUAUAGCUGGAGGCGAGGAAAACAUCAAACAGUAAAAGAAGAUUCAAAGCAUCUCCUGUUUGGACAGAACCAGCUGCAGGUUGUGCUUGAAAUGCAAGAUGCGAACGAGUCCUAUAGCUGUACAGCACAGAACCCAGUAAGCCAUAAAACAGACUCCAUCAGGCCAUGGAAAGCCUGUAGCAUAUAUGAGACAGGCAGACUGAAAACGGACGAAUUUGUCACAUGGCUUGGUUUGACGGCAUCUAUCAUAGUGCUUUUACUGGUGAUCUUGACUGUCUUUUACUGUAUCUGCCUAAAGAAGCAAGGCACUGGUCAGAUUACCACAACCAGAUAGAGCUGCAGUGGCGAUUUGCCCUUCUUCCCUGAAUGUGUGUCCAUGCUGGUCAGUUGUUUCUGUAACUUUAAUGUGAAGUCAGUAAAGAUAAUGACAGUAUGCUGUAGUAACAUCGUAUUACAGGAGAUCGUCCGGCAGAUGCCAUAAUCAAAGCUACUGAAAAGGAUGUAAGACACGACUCCCACAGGAAAAGACUAAAGAACUACAACCUUAUUGCCACAUCAUAAACUGUGGCACAUUGUUUCUUGUUUUUGAGCAAGAAGUGACAUAUUCUUGGUCUGGAAUUUUAUAAGAGACAAAAAUUAUAUUAUUUAUUAUAUGAAAAUCCAGGUUUCAUGUAUAUACUUAUUAAAAUAAAUAUCUAAGCAUAUGUUGUACAUAGGAAGUCUGGUAAGAAAUCCUAUCUUCACUUUUCCAGCAGUCAAAUGUCAAAUGACUUUAUUACCCGAAUACUAAUUGCAAGUUCUUCUUUUGAUUUUGCCAAGAAUCUACAAAACAAUUCUUCCACUCUGAUAUUCCAUGUCUCAAAGUUAACAAUAGUCAUAAUACAGCUAAAGAAUCCCACACACAAUGAAUGAAAUGCAGUGUGCAUACCAUUUACUAAUAUAAAAAACAAUAUCCCAAGUUCGUUUAAUCGAUGAUAAUGUAAAAUUUCACUUUAAAGUGGCAUACCAGCUAGUGUUUACAUAAUGCAUUCUAGCCAGAACUGAUGAAAGAACAUUACUUGCUGAUAGGUGUUAAAUCACUUUAUAUUCUGAAUGGAGUAACAGGAGAAUGAGUCUUGGUUCAAAUAUCAUUUAUUGUUAUUUAUAAAAGUGAAUGAAGAUGAACAUAUCACCCUAAGUUGUCAUGACUGAUAAGACACAAAAAACUAAUCUGUACCAAUCAUUGCAGAUUUAGCUUGUAAGCUGGCACUUUGCAUUUCUGCCCUGGUCCUAGACAUGAGGCAUAUAACCACCAAACAGAACUUCCAAAUAUCUUCUGAAUGCAUCACCCAGGAAACUGGAUCAGUCCAUUGCUUCCUGCUUGGUCCAUUUUGCAGCACUAGUGGCUGAUUUCCUGAGCAGUUCUAACUUCCAUGCACCACCAAAGAGCCCAGCACCAUUACUACAUGCUAUUCAGGUUGGCCAGUUCUUUGGCUGAAGAUGAAAUCAAGGAAAACAGUAGACAUUAGAAUCAUUUAUCCAUCCAGACAUGGUUAUCUAGUUCCUUCCUGCCACAAAGACUGCAUCUAAACAUCUAAAUCCACCCAUAAUUUUGCACUUGACCUUAAAAAAGCCAGAAUAAAAGUCUGCUCUUUUAGUCUUCCUAACAAAGAUAUGCAGUAGGCAAAGCAGUGUGUGGCACUCCAGGCAGCUGAAUGGUGAUAAUAAUACUGUAGGAAGGGCCCCUAUACAUACCAAACAAGUACCACUGUAAGUGUGGCCGCUAUGCCUCCCCAACAAAUAACUAUCAUGUUUCCAAAGCAUAAAUAUGUAAUGUGAAUAAAGAAAAUAAAUUCAACUUUCCAGUAUUUAAUGUCUACCUUACAGACCAGCCAGCUGUCGAAAGAAAUAGAAAGCAGCAUUCUGAGUAUGUUAGUUAAACUUCUGCCAAUUAUAACAGAGGAAGAGGCAAAUUAUGACAGUAUAUGUUACAUAAGUAAAAAUGGAACAGAAAUCCAUCUUAUCAUUUAGAAAUGGGAAGCGACCCUGGGAUGAGAGUAAGAUUUACUGUGUUAUGCAUAUACAAAAAUAACAGUUCUUUUAGAUCCAUUUUAUUUUCACAGAAGAGAAUGAGACACAGUGCACCUUCACUCCAUCACUCAUAGAGGCGAAGGUUUAUGGGGGAUAAAUAUUUGUAAGGAGUGGGGUAAAGAGGUACAUUGAAACAUCACUAUGUCAUUUACAAGAGACAUGGGAUUAGCUUCAUCUGUCACUCAUACAAGGGGUAACAUGACAACUAUGUGCUUUUACCUCAUGUAACGUAUGUAAAAGGGCUAUAUUAAGGUACUUGUAUAACUUUAGCAUAUUAUUGUAUUUAAAAUAAGGCAAAUUUAAGCUUAAUCAAUUGUCUUGUCUAUAAGGAAGCUUGUAGAGACAGAGACAAAUGGAGAGAAUCACACAGUAAGUGUGCAAAAUAUUCCACUGGAGGUUAAAUGUAUAACUCAUGGAAAUGAUAGCUGAAUGGAUGCAGUUGGACUCCAUAAUUAAAAUAAAGUGGCCCUUGCAGACUGCUACAAUGAUCUAAUCUGUUUUGCAAAUUACAGAAAAAUGUAAGAUUAAGUGUGAUUGUGUGAUCUUUAACCUCAGUGACAACAACUCAGGGAAAAACAAUGCCCACAGAGUUUACUGGACACAUGCUGUGCAUGCAGAAAGAUGCAUUCAUUAAACUCCACAGACCACUGUCUUACAUGACAUCACUGGGGAAAACUCUAAACUUAUUUGGGUUGUGACUUCAGUAAACAGUUCACAAAGCUUUUUAUUGAAAAAAUGGCAUAAAUAAAUUAGUUUUAGCUAUGGCAAGAUGCAUCACGGCACAUAACUCACCACAUGCCGCAAUGCAGUGUUAAAGUGUAACAAUACACUAUGAGAUGUUUAACAAAGAGAUGGAUGGGAUAAAAUGUCACAGUCACUUAUGCAGAAAAUAAACUUAAUAUAACUUUAAAAUCAUUCUGAAAGACUUCCCAGCCAAAAUCUGGCUCUGUUCUUACUCAUUACCAGGAUAAACAAUAUCUCUAAAUGUGAACAAAUACCUAUUCAUACCUUACAUCUCUUUACUCUCCCUUUUUCUUUCACUUCCUUACUUCUAUCA